GUCGUGGCAUGUCUGCUGGUAAACCCUAAACCCUAGCCGAAUUUUAUUUUUUUCCGAAGUAGAAGAAGAAGAAACUCUGCGCCCAAACCACACUACCCAUUUACUGCUUCGUUCACUACUUUCCAAUGGCUCCCGCGAGGAAGAAACCUUCGAAGGCACGCAAGUCCCCGAAGAACCCUAAGAAGGCCCAACCCAAGCACGAUUCCAGCUCCGAAUCCGAAGAAGACACGCCGUCGCAGCAGCAACCGCAGCAACUCGAACUCGGCGAUGACAACUCAGAUUCUGCGUCGGAGCUCUCUUCUGGAGGGGACGAUCCGUUAGCAGACGAUUUCCUCCAAGGAAGCGAUGAUGAUGAUGAAGGGAAAGCCCCGGGUUCGGACUCAGGUUCUGGUUCUGAUUCUGAUGAUUAUGACAUCGAGGAGAAGUCGAGAGCUAUUGAUGAAGAGAAGGCGAAAGAGGAAGAGGACGCGGAAGCCGAAAUGCAGCUCAAUAUCAACCAAGAGUCUGAUGAGUUCAGAUUACCGACCCAAGAGGAACUCGAAGAAGAGGCUUUGCGUCCACCUGAUCUUUCCAAUCUCCAAAGGAGGAUUAAAGAGAUUGUUCGUGUUCUUUCAAAUUUUAAGGUUUUGAGGCAAGAUGGGGCAACCAGGAAAGAUUAUGUUGAACAGCUUAAGAAAGAUAUUUGCACAUACUAUGGCUACAACGAGUUUCUAAUGGGUGCUCUAGUGGAGAUGUUUCCAGUUGUUGAACUUAUGGAACUGAUUGAAGCCUUUGAAAAGCCACGCCCUAUAUGUCUAAGGACUAAUACAUUGAAGACACGCAGAAGGGAUUUGGCUGAUGUUUUGAUAAAUAGGGGUGUUAAUUUGGAUCCUUUAAGCAAAUGGUCAAAGGUUGGACUUGUUGUGUAUGAUUCUCAAGUGCCAAUUGGUGCCACUCCUGAGUAUAUGGCUGGUUUCUACAUGUUACAAAGUGCAAGCUCUUUUCUGCCUGUCAUGGCCUUGGCUCCUCAAGAGAAGGAACGAGUUGUUGAUAUGGCCGCUGCACCUGGUGGUAAAACAACUUACAUUGCUGCUCUAAUGAAGAACACUGGAAUAAUUUUUGCAAAUGAAAUGAAGGUACCGAGGCUUAAGUCAUUGACUGCAAAUUUGCAUCGUAUGGGUGUAUCCAACACUGUAGUCUGUAACUAUGAUGGAAAGGAGCUUCCAAAAGUUCUAGGUGUCAAUGCUGUUGAUAGAGUAUUAUUGGAUGCCCCUUGCAGUGGAACUGGGGUUAUAUCGAAAGAUGAGUCUGUUAAAACCUCUAAAAAUUUGGAAGAUAUACAGAAGUGUGCGCAGCUACAGAAGGAGCUAAUUCUUGCGGCAAUUGACAUGGUGGAUGCUAAUUCAAAAUCUGGGGGAUACAUUGUUUAUUCUACAUGCUCAAUCAUGGUUGCUGAGGUUUGUUUUUCAGUUGAAUGUUCUAAGUUUGUAUGUUCGUUUUCUUUUCUUUCCUUUUUUAUGUCGUAUGAUUAUACAAGUUCUUUCAUCAUUCUUCAGAACGAAGCAGUUAUUGACUAUGCACUCAAAAAGCGGGAUGUUAAACUGGUUCCGUGUGGACUUGAUUUUGGUCGUCCAGGUUUUAUAAGGUUUAGGGAACAACGUUUUCACCCUUCUUUGGAAAAGACAAGGCGUUUCUAUCCUCACGUACAAAAUAUGGAUGGUUUUUUUGUAGCAAAGUUGAAAAAAAUGAGUAGCUCAAAGCCUGGUGCAAAAUCAUCAGAAACAGCCGAGAAGGAGGAAGAUAUUCCUACUGAGGUGGAGAAUGAAAAGGAGAAAUCAAAUGAUGGCAAAAAAGAAAAUGGCAAUGCAACUUCCGAAUCUGAAUCCAAAAAGACGAAGAAAAGAAAGUUCCCUUCUAAACCAGUUAAUGGUGUAAAAGAAAAUGGCAAAGAAUCUUCUGAAUUUGAGCCCAAAAAGAGGAUGAAGAGGAAAUUUCCAUCAAAGGAAGAGAUUUCAAAAGCCAGGGAGGAGAAGAGAAACGAUUUACGACAAAAAAAGAGAAAAGUUAUUAAACAACAGAAGCAAAAAUGACCAAAAGCCAAUGGCAAUACAUGAAGCAGUGAUUCAACUCCAAGACAAGUGCUGGGGUGAUUGCCAGUUCCAUUGAAGUGUACCCUGAAAUCAUAGGCAUGCCCUAUUCGUAGGGCACAUUUUUGUUUUAUUUCUAAGGUAAUUUAAUGUUUGGAAACAUAUCACGGAUGUGAUUUUUCAGGUCUGAGUUAGUGGCACAUUUUUUAUGCUUUUGGUAGUUCUUUCUUUCACUUCCGGUCAUUUUUAGUUGUAAAACUAGUUUCCAUCUGCAAAGCUGUAAAUCAGAAAAGAAAUAUUUCUUUUUUUUAUUUGCCAUCAAUUAAUUUUAAUUUAUUUUCUA